CUGGGGACGAGGCAGCCAAAAUGUCGCAAUUACGAAGGAAGAAAGUUGCAAUUAUCGGCGCUGGAAUUAUGGGUGUUUCAACUGCAAUAUGCCUCCAAGAUGCAGAGCCGUCUUUAGAUUUAGCAAUUAUAGCUGAGAAGUUUUCACCAGAUAAUACGAGUGAUGGCGGUGCUGGUUUAUGGUCGUCGAUUCCAGGGUUUUGGAUGAAAGACACCGUAAAACACAAACAAAGGUAGCCUGUCAAGUGUCCACACUAAUGCACCUAUCAAUGUUUUCCCCCUGAGAGGGGGGUGCGGGCAACCCAGGGGAAUUUUGACAUUUUUAAAAUUUUGUAGUCAAAAUCCCCACUGUUGGGCAAGGAACGGCUGUCAAAAUUCCCUAGUACAUUCCUAAGAUAACAAGGCAAACAUAUGUUUUCCAAUGCGAACAUACAGUCUAUACUGGUUUAAACUUGGUAAAAAUUGAGACACUGUGUAUAAAGUACCUUUUCCGAUGAAACUUGGUCUUGCUUCUCUGCCAUACUUGUUACCAGGCAAAACCGUGCAAACUUUCAAGAUGGCGGAUGUCAAAAUUUCCCGACUCUGGGAGUUGAUGCAUAGGUCAAAUUCCCCUCACUGGAGCUUCAUAGUGUUGUCAAAGUCCCCUGGGUCGCCCGCACUCCCCCCUCAGGGGGAAAACAAUGAUAGGUGCAUAAUCGAUACCGUUUUCGUAAUUAAGAAACGGACGUAGCCAAAGAUUAGGUAUAGUGUCUGGGAAUUAAAAAAAAAAAUUAAAUUAAAAUUCUAGUUGUAAUUUCUAGAAUAAAUUUCAUGUCAUUACGCAUUCAGAUUGGCUUAGAGCGAAAAUGUCAACAAAUGCGCUGAUUGGCGAGAACGAAAUUCCUCCUUGUUAAUACACUGGUUUCAUCCAGUAAUAUGAUAAUCUGUCAAAUCUGUUUGCCACUAUGUUCUGGGGUGUACCGAGAGGGGCACGCAGAGGGUGCAACACCCCACUUUUUAAAAAUCUCAGUAAAACAAAGAUUAUGUUGGAAAAAGCUUGACUUGCCCGUAAAUCGAUUACAAUGGUUAGUAAAUUGAUCAGUAAAGCACAGGGGCUGUAGAGGAACACCCCCACCCAGAAUGGUCUGGGUCCGCCAGUGGUUGAAGCUUACUUUUUGUGGGGUGCACAGACUCCACACCAUGCACAUACAGAACUACAACCUGCAAGUGUUCAGUAGUGAGGUCAGCAUAAACUGUCUGGUAAGUCCACAACUAUUGGCAUAACCCAAGGAUUUUGUACACUGUAGCUGGUUCUUGGAACAUUUGCUUCAUAGCCCUGACCCCCAGGUUUAUUGACAAAGGUCCGGUUGCAGAACCGGCGUUCAUCCCCAUGGCCCCACCUAUAGCAUGAUCUGUGCUACUGUAUCCUAGCUUUCUCAGUCUGUAUUGAUUUUUUUCUUAUCUAGGCAAUGGGGUGAAGCCACAUUUCAUUAUUUAAGGUCAAUUAUAGAAUCUGAAGAAGCAUGUGACUACCAGAUGAGUUAUAUCACAGGAUAUGUAUUUUAUGACCAAAUGAUGCCCGAGGUACUUGUUACUCACCCGUUAUUAUAUUUUGAAGUAUGCUGAAAAAACUCUGCCUCAUUUGGAUGCACAGUUGAAACUCCGAACUGAUCUAUAAAAUAUAUGGCCAAGUUCUGGCACCAAUGCUAGCAUUCCUGAGCAUUCUAGCUGUCUUACGAUGAAACAGGGGAAAUUCCAUUUCUUUAGGAACCUCCACUGAAAGACGUGUGUCUGUAUUACAAAAGAUUGUCCAAAGAAGAUAUAAGAAAAUUGGGCUUUUCGUCUGACCUCAUGUAAGAUUGGGUCAUUGCAGAAAAGAUCCACACUUCCCCUACAGAGGAAUUUUCUGUUGUCCAGAGGGGGAGGGAGGAAUCUUAAGUUCUGAUAAUAGUAAAAUGUACUAGGAUGUCCGAAAGGGGUUGGGGGGUUCCCCAACUAGCUGUGCGGGAGUGUGUAUGUUUUCUGGGAAUGACCCAUUCAUGAGUUUUGUGUUAUUGUUAAAUUCAUACCAUUAACAACAACAAAUACAUCAUGCAGCUUCUAAAUGUAUGUUUAAACGUUUUUAUGCAUUUAUGUUUACAAAACUUGUAACAAUGCGUGUAGACUGUAGAGUUAACAUUUCUACCAGAUAUGUGUUGCAAUCAGCUUUAGUUUCAAGUUGUUUUUCUCUUUAAGCGAUGGUUUUACCAUGAGAACAAUGGUGUUUCCAGGUACUCCCUAUCUUCAAAUGAAAUUAAAACAGU